AUGACACAAAGAAACAUUCCUCAUUUACACGUAAGUUUCUCUGUAACUCUCCACACCGCAAAUGGGGAUGAAUACAAAAUCUAUACCCUUAUAGAAACCUUCGAAAGUUUCCCGUCACACUCAGAAACCAGCUCUUACAUGAUUUUUCGUUUCAACGACAAUGAUCAUGGUGUCAUAUGUGGUUACAUCAAUAAAAAAGGUUUGGAAUUUAUGGAUCGCGUGAAAAAUACAAUCUUCGUUGAAAGUACGGGUCAUAUCGGCGAAAAUAUGAAUGGAGAAAACUUGGAUCCGUCGGUCUUCGAAGACACAGGUUAUGUGGUUUGCCGUGUCGAUGAUAAUAGUGAACUGACACUUAUCUGUUAUAUCGGAGAAAAAGUCUUAAACUUGUUAAAGGGACAGGAACUCGUCCGUAAAUACAUAUGUCGUGACUGCAAAAAAUUGUAUAAAUACCCAUCCCUUUUAAGAGACCACAUGCAGGUUCAUUCCAAUGAAAGACUGGAAUGCCGAGUUGAAGGCUGUAAAAAGUCGUAUACAUUAGAA